AUGCCUAAAGAACGGAACUACAACCCGGUGCAAGCCCAGCGCAAGGCUGAAAAAGCAAAGGCCAUCAAAAGGGCGGAGCAGCAAGCCCGAAGGAACGAGAAGCUCGCCAGACGCAAUCCCGCCAAAAUACAGCAGCAAAUUGACGACCUUAAGGCGAUAAAACAGGGCGGGGGGAAGCUCACUUCUCACGAGGAACAAGCGCUGGAGGCUCUCGAGAAGGACCUGAAGGCGGUAUUGAAAGCAAGAGAGGCGCUAGGCGAUAAGGCACCGCAGUUCGGACGCGGCCCACCGAGACAAGGCCAGAGGGGCGAAGGCGUGUUGGGCAAGAGGCGGCGCGAUGCCGAAGAUGCAUCGAGCAGCGAUAGCGACGUUCCCGAGGACGUGAAGAGCAUACCCAUGCCACGAGACACACCUCCGCCGAUUCCAAAGGAGAUCCUCGACCAGUGGUAUGCAAAGCGGAGAGCGAAGAGAAAUGCGGACAGAGCGCCGGGAAGCGUAGAAGGAGAACCAGAAAAGCCUGCUGCCCCCGUCGUCGAAUCCAAGACGGUUUACGAGGCCAAGCCCAUUGUCAGAGACCUGCGGAAGGAAGCCGUGAGUGCGUUUGUGCCAACGGCGGUCCGGAUGAAGAUCGAAAAGAGCAAGGGGCGGGCCGGUCUUCUAGAGCCAGAGGAAGCCGACAAGUUAGAGAAGGACGGUUAUCUGCGGGCACCGGAGGCGACCACUUUGCAAGCACAGCCAAACCAUAUGCCUUCUCAGGAGGGCGGCCCGCGCCAAGUGACCAUGGAAGAGGUUGAAGACGAAGGUUGA